AUGGAACUUGGACUGCUUCAGGCGCCCGUCUUCGCCACUUCCACACAUGGACCAUUGCCCAAUCCGAUCGGGCAAGUUUACGCAACCGAUGAUCUGCAGACAGCAGGUCUCUCUGCAUUCUUGGAUAAUUGGCUGGGUGCGAUCCGCUCCCCUGCCUGUACCACUUUGACGAGCAUACGUCAGCCAACCAAAUCAUGCAAUGCCUCAUCAAGAUCGCAAAUUGAGGUAAAAGAAGCAUGUCGGAUCUCAGCUGGCCAGCUUUUUUGGUUUAGUCUCUUUUGGUGGUUUCUCGUGGAUAAUGGUUUCUGGCUCUGCCGAUGUCCGUCAAAGGACGGGCGAAGUCAUCGAGAUCUUCUUCACACAAUUCAAAAGACACAAUUGCAAGGCAAUCCUCCUACGAUAUCCGGUGAGGCCAAUCUACAAAUCGCUUCGACCCGCUUUCUCAAACGAAAUGAACGGUAG